AGUGCCACCUCCUCCUUUUCGCUCAUUCCUCCUCAGCACUCCUUUCCUGACCCUUUCGACGACGACGGCAUCAGCACCAGCGACAAGGGCUUCUACGACCGCAACAGCAACGACCAAGAAGACAUAUUUCCUCAGCAAGGCAAAGAAAGACAAGGACCUGAAGGAUGCCAGGAACGACUAUUAAUCUUUAUUUCGUGCGACAUGGACAGCGCAUCGACCAGGUCGACUUUUCUUGGGCAGGCACAUCGCCCUGUCCGCAGGACCCACCAUUGACAGAACAGGGCAAGCACCAGGCCAGACAGACCGGCAAGAUAAUCCGCGACUUUGCUCACGAGUCCCGCUCCUCUGGAUCUUCAUUCUCUACCUCUUCAGCAACCAGUCUUGGCACCACUGCAGCAACUGCGAUGGAAAGCGGGCCACAGCAUUGGACUCUGCAGAGAAUCACGCCGCCUGACUCUCCCAGCCUCAACCGCUUCUGUCUCGACACUCACGAGCAUCAGAGUACCAUGUGCAGCACCAGUCAAGGAGGCGCUCACGGUGACAUUCCAUCACUCGAGACCCACCAGACUGGCUGCAAUAGCAACCUUGGUGGCACUGGUCGCCGCCGCAGCAGCGAGAACAGGCGGAAGCAUCACUUUGCGAUCGUGACAAGUCCGUUCCUGAGGUGCUCGCAGACUGCGAUCGAGAUGGCCAUCGGUAUGCGCAUGGCCUCCCCUUCUUCGAUAGGGGAGAAGGAGUUGGAUGCCAAGAAGCUGGGCGGUGAAGUCGACGGCGACGACAGGGACCUGGUCACUGUCUCAGUUGAGUCAGGGCUCGCAGAAUGGCUGUCCCUCGAAUAUGUCUCCGAGCCAGUGCCCGACUCGAUCAUCGUCCAGCGGAUGCAGGACUUUGCGCUGUCGAGACGAGACCAUGAGCAGUACUACUCCAUCGACUGGAAAUACUCUGCCAAGGAACGACAGCUCCCCAACUGGCCCGAGACCCGGGAGGAGAUGCAGACCAGACUGGAACAGACACUCGCUCAUAUCCUAGCCGCUUACACCGGUCCAGCAGCCAAGGUUAAGGAUAAGGAUCGCGAUCUCUCCAUCGUCUUUGUUACCCAUGCCUCCCCCGUCAAUGCUCUGCUAGAGGCAUGUCUGCAGAUGCCGGUGCUGGUCCCGGUUCCGAAUUGCUCAAUCUCACGUUGUCGCUGGACGCCUUCAUCGACCAUGGAGGACGAAUGGCCUUUGUCCGGUCAUACGGCGAACGGUACCAACAAAGACUAUGAGCCAGUAUUGUUGGAUGCUUUGAUGCAAUCAAGACUCACACAGAUCGUCGCCCAGGAAGAAGGGCGAUGGCUUCUGGACUAUCAGACUUAUACCGCACAUCUCGAUCGAGAUCUUCGUCGCUAGGUCCCUUUUUUGCUUUUGAAGAACCAGUUGUAUACCUUCCAUUCCUAGGUUCAGAUUCAUUCACAGUGAACUGUACAUAUCCUUCGAUCCUUAUAUCCGGCUGCUCUUUAAGAUGCACAUUCUUUUUUCUUUUUUCUGUACUAUAGUAUUUGUGUCAAAUAAAUUCCAAGAAGUGAAUUGUUUCGCGAAA